UGUGUGUGUGUGUGUGUAUGUGUGGGAAGACGAGCAGACUUGAUCGACUGGGUGCUCGCACGCCACCCUGCCUGCGUGGUUGUCUCUCAGCCAGUGGUUUGAAUGGCCAUCUGCAGGAAUCCCUGUCCUUCGGCCUCAUCCUGGUCGCUUCUUCUUCUUCUACUUCUGCUCUGUGCAACAAAGGAGUGGGCUGCGCUUGCUUGCAUGACCUUUACCCGUUUGGAGGCAUUUUGUCGUGAUUAACUUCUGGGCUUGGGUUUGACGGGCAGAAGAGUGAAAUUAUGCCAGCUUUAUGGGAUUAUGUCAUGGAUUACGGAUUAUGGAUUAUGAAUUAUGGAUUAGUUAGUACGAAAGUAGAGUCCCU